AUGUGCGCCCAGGCCACCGCGCUGUGGUCUGGGCGGCCUUCAGGGCAGGAGGUGAAGCGGCCGCAGCAUCCACGGCCUGGCCUGGCCCGCGGGCGGACGCGCGGCUCCCUCGGCCUCGGCGGCGGACAGAGCGGACCUCCGCUGCGGCGCGGUGCGGACCUCGCCGGACCUGGAAUCCCAUCCUGCCGCGUCCCUGCAGACUCCUUGCAGAUUGAGGAAUGCAAUUCUGCCACCAUGAUGGAAGAGUGUUGCAAGUUUCAACAUACCUUCACUUUCCUGACCCUUUACUCUCUCCCCACAGGACUGAAAAAACGCACAAGGAAGGCCUUUGGAAUACGGAAGAAAGAAAAGGACACUGAUUCUACAGGUUCACCAGAUAGAGAUGGAAUUCAGGGGAAAAAAAAGACCCAGAAGACUCAGCUUCUCCUCACCUCUUGCUUCUGGCUCAGAGCCCUCUCGUUAGUGCUGUCUCAGAAAAAAAGCAAUGGGGCACCAAAUGGAUUUUAUGCAGAAAUUGAUUGGGAAAGAUAUAAUUCCCCUGAGCUGGAUGAAGAAGGCUACAGCAUCAGACCUGAGGAACCCGGCUCUACCAAAGGAAAGCACUUUUAUUCUUCAAGUGAAUCGGAAGAGGAAGAAGAAUCCCACAAGAAAUUCAACAUCAAGAUUAAACCAUUGCAAUCGAAAGACAUUCUUAAGAAUGCUGCGACUGUGGAUGAGCUGAAGGCGUCAGUGGGCAACAUCGCGCUGUCCCCAUCCCCAGUGAGGAAAAGUCCGAGGCGCAGCCCGGGUGCAAUUAAAAGGAACUUAUCCAGUGAAGAAGUGGCACGACCCAGGCGUUCCACACCAACACCGGAGCUUGUAAGCAAGAAGCCUCCGGAGGACUCUGUGGCCCUGGCACCCCUCUUUGGCCCACCACUAGAAUCAGCUUUUGAUGAGCAAAAGACAGAAGUUCUUUUAGAUCAGCCUGAAAUAUGGGGCCCAGGCCAACCAGUUAACCCCAGCACGGAGUCGCCAAAGUUAACCAGGACUUUUCCCACUGGAACGCCUCCUCCACUGCCUCCGAAAAACGUACCAGCAACCCCACCCCGAACAGGCUCCCCCUUAACCGUAGGACUGGGAAAUGACCAAUCAGCCGCAGAGGUCAAAAUUGAAAAGCUACCAUCCAUCAAUGACUUGGACAGCAUUUUUGGCCCAGUAUUGUCCCCCAAGUCUGUCGCGGUUAAUGCUGAAGAAAAGUGGGUCCAUUUCUCUGACACGUCCCCGGAACAUGUUGCUCCGGAGUUGACUCCAAGGGAACAGGCGGUGUCCCCACCAGCUGCACCAGACAACCCAGCUGGUUCCCCAGCACCAGGCCCUCCUGGCUCCCCAGCACCCCCAGGCCCCCCAGGGCCGCCCGGGCCUCCUCGAAAUGUACCUUCACCACUAAAUUUAGAAGAAAUCCAGAAGAAAGGCGCUGAGCAGACCUUCGUUAAAGAUGAUUACUUAGAAACAAUCUCAUCUCCUAAAGACUUUGGGCUGGGACAGAGAGCAACCCCGCCUCCCCCACCACCACCCACCUACAGGACUGUGGUCUCGUCCCCCGGACCUGGCUCGGGCAGUGGUGCGGGGACCACCAGUGGGUCAUCGUCCCCGGCCCGACCGGCCACCCCGCUGGCUCCCUGCAGCAGCACCACCCCCCCUCCGCCUCCCCCGCGGCCUCCGUCUCGGCCAAAGCUACCUCCCGGGAAGCCUGGAGUCGGAGACGUGUCCAGACCUUUUAGCCCUCCCAUUCAUUCUUCCAGCCCUCCUCCGAUAGCACCCUUAGCCCGGGCUGAGAGCACGUCUUCAAUCUCGUCCACCAACUCCCUGAGCGCAGCCACCACGCCCACAGUUGUGUCAGAAGAUGAUGUUUUUUACGACAAACUGCCCUCGUUUGAAAGGCGCUGUGAAGCGCCUGCAGAGAACGAGCAGCCUUCCCUCGUUUGGUUUGACAGAGGAAAGUUUUAUUUGACUUUUGAAGGUUCUUCCAGGGGGCCCAGCCCCCUAACCAUGGGCGCCCAGGACACCCUCCCAGUCGCCGCAGCUUUCACGGAAACUGUCAGCGCCUACUUCAAAGGAGCAGAUCCCAGCAAGUGCAUUGUCAAGAUUACUGGAGAAAUGGUGUUGUCUUUUCCUGCUGGGAUCACCAGACACUUUGCCAAUAACCCAGCCCCAGCUGCUCUGACCUUCCGGGUGAUAAAUUUCAGCAGGUUAGAACACGUCCUGCCAAACCCUCAACUUCUCUGCUGUGACAACACACAAAAUGAUGCCAAUACCAAGGAAUUCUGGGUAAACAUGCCAAAUUUGAUGACUCACCUAAAGAAAGUGUCUGAACAAAAGCCCCAGGCUACAUAUUAUAAUGUGGACAUGCUCAAAUACCAGGUGUCUGCCCAGGGCAUUCAGUCCACUCCGCUGAACCUGGCGGUGAGCUGGCGGUGCGAGCCGGCCAGCACGGACCUGCGCGUGGACUACAAGUACAACGCGGACGCCAUGGCCACGGCCGUGGCCCUCAACAACGUGCAGUUCCUGGUGCCCAUCGACGGCGGGGUCACCAAGCUGCAGGCUGUGCUCCCACCUGCAGUCUGGAAUGCAGAACAACAAAGAAUAUUGUGGAAGAUUCCUGACAUUUCCCAAAAGUCGGAAAAUGGAGGAGUGGGCUCUUUGUUGGCGAGAUUUCAGUUAUCCGAAGGCCCAAGCAAGCCGUCCCCGCUGGUCGUGCAGUUCACCAGUGAAGGAAGCACCCUGUCAGGCUGUGACAUUGAACUUGUUGGAGCAGGGUAUCGAUUUUCACUCAUCAAGAAAAGGUUUGCUGCAGGAAAAUACUUGGCAGAUAACUGAUAAAAUCUCAUGCAAGGAUUUGG